CUUCCUCAACAAUCACAGUUAGCUUACGGCUGUGUUGGUAGUAGCAUGUAGAUGAGGCGGACCGCUGGAGGUGACUUUCGUGUGGCUCUGUAGACGAAAAGUGGGUGAAAGUUUCCCGGGCGACAUGGACUACUGGAGUGCCUUGGAGACGUACAAGGAGAUGCUGCUGCUGUACCUGGAGGAAGGCCGGCGGCAGGUGAACUCGCACUGCGCCGACCUGGAGCCGUGGCAGAUCAUCGGAGCCUCGGUCCUCACAACACUCGGAGUAGUCUGGGCCCACAGCUUCCUUUUCCAGCAAGAAAGCCUCAAGUCCAGAGUGAAGAAGAAAUGUUUCCGACUCAUCCGCAAAAUACCCUUCGUCGGCGGGGCGAUUCAGAGUCAGCUGAACAAGGCGUUGGAUGACAUGUCUACCAGCCUGUGCACCCUGAAGGCUGGGAUGAGCUACGCCACAAAGCUGCCCUCAAAAGGCCUCACACAGGACCAAGUGCUGGACAAAAUCCGAGAGUACCAGACUCUGAAUGAGGUGCGCUGGGAGAAAGGCUGCGUUUCAGGUGCAGUCUACUGGGGCGAUGAGACGCUGACUAAACUUCUGGUGAAGGUGUAUGGGGAUUUUGCAUGGAGCAACCCCCUCCACCCAGACAUCUUCCCCGGCGUGAGGAAGAUGGAGGCCGAGGUGGUGAGGAUGGCCUGCACUCUUUUCCGCGGGGGCCCCAACUCCUGCGGCACAGUCACCUCUGGGGGGACCGAGAGUAUCCUGAUGGCCUGCAAGGCGUACCGGGACAUGGCGUACGAGCGAGGUGUCAAAUACCCAGAAAUACUGGCACCAGUGAGCGUACAUGCCGCCUUCGACAAGGCAGCACACUACUUUGGAAUGAAGCUUGUCCACAUCCCACUGGACAAGAAGACCAUGAAAGUAGACGUGAAGGCUAUGAAGAGAGCCAUCAGCCGGAACACGGCCAUGCUGGUGUGCUCGGCGCCACAGUUCCCACACGGCAUCAUGGAUCCAAUUGAGGAAGUAGGCAAGCUGGCAGUGCGCUACAACCUCCCGCUGCAUGUGGACGCCUGCCUGGGCGGGUUUCUCAUCGUCUUCAUGGCCAAGUGUGGUUACAAACUCGCACCGUUUGACUUCAGCGUGAAAGGUGUGACCAGCAUCUCCGCAGACACACACAAGUACGGCUACGCUCCAAAAGGUUCCUCCGUGAUCCUCUACAGUGACAAAAAGUACCGUCACCACCAGUACUUCGUGGCUCCGGACUGGCAGGGUGGGAUCUACGCCUCCCCCUCUAUAGCUGGAUCCAGGCCCGGGGGAAUCAUCGCAGCCUGCUGGGCCACCAUGAUGCACAUGGGAGAGAAUGGCUACAUCGACGCCACCAGGAAGAUCAUCAGUGCCGCACGCAAGAUCAAAACCGAGGUUCGGAAGAUCAAUGGUGUGUUCGUCUUCGGGAAUCCUGAAGUGUCUGUCGUGGCCAUCGGAUCCGACGUCUUUGACAUUUUCCGGCUGUCAAACGGGUUGACGGCGAAGGGCUGGAACCUGAACACGCUGCAGUACCCCUCCAGCAUCCACAUUUGCUGCACCGUCCUGCACACGCAGCCGGGCGUGGUGGAGCAGUUUGUCAGAGAUGUCAGGGAGGAAGUGGGCCUCAUCAUGAAGAACCCCAAAGAGAAAACCACAGGAAUGGGCGCCAUCUACGGCAUGGCCCAGUCCAUCCCAGACAGGUCCAUGGUGACGGAGAUCUCCAGGGGCUUUCUGGACUGUCUCUACAGCACUGAGGUGCCCAAGACCAACAGCAACCACAUGAACGGUAAUGGCAAAGCCCACUGAGGCCAAGACCGGGCCUCGCCGCACGCAGGGAAAACUUCCUCCAGCUUCCAUCGUUGCCUUAUCCUGCAUUCUCAAAGAUUUUAGAAGCACAAACUAAUUUAAUGGACUAAAAGAGUCUGAUUUAUUAAUCUUGUUUUUGUGCUUGGGGAGUUCAUUUCAAUAUCACAACUGACUGUACUGACUGCAUGUAGACGCCUGAACAUUUCAGCUCCCUGCCAGCGCAGUGUUGCAAUCUCUGAUGAUUCAGCAAGAAAACCAGACCACUGAGAACGUCAGAGCUGCUCUGCUGACCUCUAGCUUCAGCCCUCGUGUACUGCUUCAGGCUCAGGUCUGACAAAAGCACUGCAACCAGAGACUGGAACCUGGUUAGUCUCUGAGUCACUUGAAACUACAAAUGUAUGAUGGUUGGGAGUUUUGCAGCACUUGACGGCGAUUAUUUCAGUUGCUCUGUGUCAUGGCACGGAUCCCGUUCAUUCUCAUCACCGCAAAGAGGAAAAUUCUACUGAGGAUUAAAAGCAUCCGUUCACGUUCCACACAGCCAAUUCUUGUGUUCAACACCGAAUAGCUUUUAUAAUCGUGUCCUGAUUUAAUCUACCUCAACACAAUCAUUCAACAGUUUUUUUUUAACUUCAUCUUGGAUGUUCCGUCUCAGCCAAGGGCGUUUAACCACACGCAAGUGUUCUUACACAUCGACUGUAAUUUUUAUAAGAGUAUCUGGAUGCAUCCGCCGGACUCAUCCCGGCGUACCAAAAGUCUCUUUCCUCGCCUCCCCUGCUUGUUGAAGUUUCUCCUCGUGACAUUUGUUUGUGCAAUAUGUGACUAAUUCCCCUGUUGAUACAUAAUUGAUAUUAAUAUUUGACAAUUUUCCGAUGAAUGUGUGACCACUGUGGAUCAAUCACUUGUGUUUUUAAAGGAGGUUCUGAGAUGAAUGUAUUUGUGGAACUUUGGAUUAGGUUGUAUUGAAAGUUUACCAGCGUUCAGUCAGUGCCUGGUUUACAGACGCAUCAAGAAUACUUGUAUAUUUUAAAUAAAAUUGACCAUGAAACCC